AUACGCUGCGUCUCUUCUCCAUAACGUCUGAGAGAACAUCGAUUGUACAGAUAAACAGCCGGAGCUAAACCUUGUUUUUCUGUGAAAUUCUCGAAAGUUCUACAUAUUCUGGUGCAUGAAACGACUUCAGUUCGUGUCAACUUUACUCGUUUUAACUACAAGAACUUUGGCAAAAGGAAUGGCAUGGAGAUCCAGUGGUUCGACUAAUUCGGAGCUCAUCGAUAAUUUGAGAAAUAAUCGAGUGUUUGCCAGUCAAAGAGCCUACGAUGCGAUGAAAUCCGUUGAUCGUGGAGAUUUUGCUCCGAGAGCUCCUUAUGAAGACGCUCCUCAACGAAUUGGAUAUAAUGCAACGGUUUCUGCACCUCACAUGCACGCAGCUGCUCUCGACUACCUACAAAACCACCUGGUUGCCGGUGCCAAAGCUCUUGACGUUGGCUCAGGAAGUGGAUAUUUGACAGUUUGUAUGGCAAUGAUGGUUGGCCGAAAUGGCACGGUUGUUGGAAUUGAACAUAUGCCACAGCUGGUCGAAUUAAGCGAGAAAAAUAUCAGAAAGCAUCACAGUGAACAAUUGGAACGUGGAAAUGUUAUCAUUAUUGAGGGAGACGGUCGUCAAGGAUUCGCGGAAAAGGCUCCAUACAAUGCAAUUCACGUGGGAGCAGCUUCAAAAGGAGUCCCCAAAGCGCUCACGGAUCAACUGGCUGAAGGUGGCAGAAUGAUGAUUCCGGUUGAACAAGUCGACGGAAAUCAGGUCUUCAUGCAAAUCGAUAAGAUCAAUGGAAAAAUUGAGCAAAAGAUUGUGGAACACGUGAUCUACGUGCCAUUGACAAGUCGCGAAGAACAAUGGAACCGCAAUUAAAUUUCAAUGUUUUCUCCCUUUGUACAUAUACUCAACUUGUGCAUAUUGUAUACCAUCUCUAUUUAUUUUUGAUUCAGGUUUUCUUUUGAAAUGUUGCGUGUACAUAUAAACCGUGUUCUUCUGUCAAAAAAUUAGUGAACUAUUUCUUCAAAUGCUUUUUUUUUCUAGGAACCCUUACUCUCGUCUACGUCAAGUGUCAUUCAUUAGCGAGAAGAGGAGCCGAGUUUUUGAGAAGACAUAACUCAGUUUCUUCUUGUUUUACGUUUUCCUACUACACUAUGUCGUUUACUUUUUUAUCGUUUCUGUUUUGGUCAACAAUCGAAAACUUAAAUGUCCUUCACUAUCUGGAUUGUCCAUUUUGAGCAAUGAUUGACAAGUCACCGGAAUCAUUUCAUCUUGUCCUUUUCCGGUAAAAGCACUUAAUUGUUGUUUUGGAUAGCGUAGGGAUCUUUGAUCGAGUGCUAUUUUCUUGCAGAAAAAGUUCAUUUAGAGUUUUCUUUAAAAAAUAAA